AUGAAGCGCUACACCAGUACUUAUGUUGUAAAGCGUGACGGAAGAAAGGAAGAUGUGCACUUCGAUAAAAUCACCUCAAGAAUCCAAAAAUUGAGUUAUGGUCUCAAUAUGGAUUUUGUUGAUCCCGUAAGUUUUCAUCUAACUUUUACCAAAAACAAUUAUCAUGUUCAGGUUGCUGUUGCCAUCAAAGUCAUCAGUGGAUUGUACAAAGGUGUAACAACUGUUGAAUUGGAUAAUCUUGCCGCUGAAACCGCCGCUUCAAUGACAACUCAACAUCCAGAAUAUGCUCUUCUUGCUGCAAGAAUUGCUGUUUCUAACUUGCACAAGAAAACAAACAAAGUUUUCUCUGAAGUGAUGAAAACUUUGUACGAAUUCCAUCAUCCUUUGACCGGACAACAUUCUCCAAUGAUUAGUCAAGAAACUUACAAUACAAUUAUGAAAAAUGCAGAUAAACUUAACUCAGCCAUCGUUUACGAUCGCGAUUACUCAUACACCUUCUUUGGUUUCAAAACUCUGGAAAGAUCGUAUCUUUUGAAAAUCGAUGAUCAAAUCGUCGAACGCCCACAACAAAUGUUGAUGAGAGUUUCUGUUGGAAUUCACGGAGACGAUGUUGAUGCAGCCAUCGAAACCUACAAUCUCAUGUCGGAGAGAUAUAUGACACAUGCUUCGCCAACAUUGUUCAACUCGGGAACUCGUCGGCCACAAAUGUCAUCUUGCUUUUUGCUAACAAUGAGCGAUGAUUCGAUCUUGGGAAUCUACGAUACUCUGAAACAAUGUGCAUUGAUCUCGAAAAAUGCUGGUGGAAUCGGUUUGAAUGUACACAAGAUUCGUGCGACUGGUUCUGUUAUUGCCGGAGUAAGUUUUAUCAUCAUUUUCAUUUUAUUUCAAUUCAAAGUAAAUGUUUUCAGACCAACGGAACAUCAAAUGGUCUUGUUCCAAUGCUUCGCGUUUACAACAACACAGCCAGAUAUGUCGAUCAAGGUGGAAACAAACGUCCAGGUGCCUUUGCUAUUUAUCUCGAACCAUGGCAUGCCGAUAUUUUCGAAUUCGUCGCUCUCCGCAAAAACACUGGCCCAGAAGAAGAGAGAGCUCGCGAUCUUUUCCUGGCUCUUUGGGUCCCAGAUUUGUUCAUGAAACGCGUCGAAAGAGACGAAGAUUGGUCGCUAAUGUGCCCUUGCGAAUGUCAAGGACUCGAUGAAGUUUGGGGUGAAGAGUUCGAAGCUCUUUACACCAAAUAUGAGAAAGAGGGAAAAGUGAGAAAAACUGUGAAAGCGAGAAAAUUGUGGGAGCAUGUUGUAUCGAAUCAAAUUGAGACUGGAAUGCCUUAUAUCACAUAUAAAGAUGCGGCUAAUCGAAAAACUAAUCAACAAAAUAUUGGAACAAUUAAAUGCUCGAAUUUGUGCACUGAAAUUAUGGAAGUUUCGAGUCCAGAUGAAGUUGCGGUUUGUAAUUUGGCAUCAAUUGCGUUGAAUCGAUUUGUAACCCCUGAAAAGACUUUCGAUUUCGUCAAACUCGCUGAAGUUGCUCGCGCUCUCACAAGAAACUUGAACAAGAUCAUUGACAUCAAUUAUUAUCCAGUUCCUGAAGCCAAAAAUUCAAAUAUGCGUCAUCGUCCAAUUGGAUUAGGUGUACAAGGAUUGGCAGAUUGUUUCAUGCUUAUGAGAUAUCCAUUCACUUCUCAAGCUGCCAGAGAUUUGAACAAACGGAUUUUCGAAACAAUUUAUUAUGCUGCAUUGGAUGAAAGUUGUGAGCAAGCGAAACUUUAUGGAACCUAUUCCACAUAUGACGGAAGUCCAGUUUCGAAGGGAGUUUUGCAGUUUGAUAUGUGGGGAGUUACACCAACUGAUCAAUGUGAUUGGAAUGUUUUGAGACAAAAGAUUGCACAGUAAGUUGUUUUCAUAUUUAUUAUGAUUCUAUUCAAUUGGUUUUUUUUCUAGACAUGGAAUCCGGAAUUCUCUUCUCAUGGCUCCAAUGCCAACUGCUUCCACAGCUCAAAUCCUCGGAAACAAUGAGUCAAUUGAACCAUACACUUCCAAUAUCUAUUCUCGACGUGUUUUGUCUGGCGAUUUCCAAAUUGUCAAUCCACAUUUGUUGAAGGAUUUGGUUGAACUUGGAUUAUGGGAUGAUGAUAUGAAAAAUCGAUUGAUUGCCAGCAAUGGAUCGAUUCAAAAUAUUGAACAAAUUCCAACUGAAAUCAAAGAGUUGUACAAAACAGUUUGGGAAAUAUCGCAAAAAGAGAUUAUUGAGAUGGCUGCAGAUCGCGGAGCUUUCAUUGAUCAAUCACAAAGUUUGAAUAUUCAUAUGGCUAAACCAAGUUAUGCCGCGAUCACAUCAAUGCAUUUCUAUGGUUGGAAGAAGGGAUUGAAGACUGGAAUGUAUUAUUUGAGAACAAAACCAGCUGUGAAUGCUGUUCAAUUUACUGUUGACAAAACUGCAUUGAAAGCAUCGAAUGCCAACAAGCAACUUGAGGUUUGCUCUUUUUUUGUAAUCUUUAAAGCAACACCCUCGUAUAAUAAGGCCAUUGCGAAAUGCUUUCGAACACGAAAAUAUAUAAAAUUAACCUAUUCAGCUAUGUUCACAAGCAAUAUGAAAAAGAAAUACUCAAAAGCGAUCAAAUUUGACCGCUUUUGAGAAAAAAAAUUAUUUUUUUUUGAAAAUCGCCUGCAGAUUGUGCAGAUCCGCAAUUUCAUGAAAUUGUGCAAACACUGUGACGACAAUUGUGUGCUACAGUACCCCUUUCAACUUUUUUCCACAAAAAGUGAAUUGUUUCACUGAAAACAUUGAAAUAAUUUAUAACAAUGAUUUCUGAACAUCCUUAACUAUCACUACUUUCAUUUUUGACAACGAUAUUUCAGUUUCGUAUUGCAUAUUCUGGUCAAAAACUAAAAAAAACACAAUUUCCAUUGAAAAAUUUAGUUUUCGUCUGAAAUAUUGAAUCUUCGUGUUUAUACUUCUUCACUUUAUUUUUUUCAUACCCAGAAAACAGUUUUUUCCAUGCAAAUUGUCAUUUUCCGAAAAAAACGGAAAAAUUUUGCAAAAAAAUAAAAAGAAAACAACGAGACUCCGCGUUGACGCUAGCCCGCGUUGUUUGAAUUUGAGUUUUUUCAGUUUUUCAAUGGACUUCCAUAUUUCGGCUAAUACUUAUUGAAACGUAUUGAAUUUUUUCUCCGAACUAGAAAACAGUAAAACUAAGCUAAAUCUAAGAUUUGAGAACAUUUGGGCUUUUUUCAAGAAAGUGCCUAUUACACGAGGGUGUUGCUUUAAUUAUAUUUUGAAAAUCAUGAAUAUUUUCCAGGUCAAAACUGCUCCAGAAUCACCAGACGAGGGAUGUAUUAUGUGCUCCGGUUAA